CCUGCCCAUUUUUUAAUUGGAUUAUUUGGUUUUGGAGUAUUGAGUUUUAUGUUUUUUAUAUAUUUUAGAUACUAACCCUUUAUCAGAUAUGUCAUUUGCAAAUAUAUUUUCACAUUCCAUGGGUUGCCUUUUAGUUCUGUUGAUAGUUUCCUUUGCUGUACAGAAGCUUUUUAUGUGGCUGUAGUCCCAAUACUUUUAUUUUUGCCUUUUUUUUUUUUGGAGGUGUAGGUGAAUUUUUCUUGGGCAGUUGUCAACUUAAACAGCAACAAAUGAAAAUUGAAGGAAACUUCUUGUUGUCACAGCUAGACAAGUCCUCCAUCAUAUAUGAUAAGGGAGGCAUUUCAAUUUGUGACCCUGAGCACAGAAAUGCCAAAUACUAAUCUAAUACUAAUACUUCUGGAUUGUCUAAUCUAAUACUUCUGGAUUCCUACCGAAAACAAGUACAUUAAGAGCGUGGAAAAGUUGCUUACUGAAAGGAAGCCCCUGAAGGAGAGUAAGGGAGGGAAAGUAGAAAUUAAGUUAUGUAGAACACUUAUAAAGUGUAAUGAACUACAUUUUCUUUUUUUUUUUUUUAAGUAUAUUUCUUUUGAGAGAGACAGAGACAGUAAGAGUGGGAGAGGAGCAGAGAGAGGGAGAAAGAAAGAACCUCAGGCAGGCUCUGCACUGUCAGUUCAGAGACUGACGUAGGGCUCAAAUUCAUGAUCCAUGAAAUCAUUACCUGAGUGGAAACCAAGAAUCGGAUGCUUAACUGACUGAGCCACCUAGGCGCCCAGCAUCUUCAUAUCUUCCUAGUAAUAUAAAACACAGUCACUUGCAGAACUGGUUCGGAUUACUUAAAUACCAAAUACAUUUUUAGUCCUCUACAUAAGUGUUUGAAUGUUAUCAAUGUUUAUAUGAAAUGAACCUAUUAAUACUUUUCUACAGCAGUAACUGCACAGCAAAAACACCAAGACAAACACAAUCAAGGAAUGGAGUUUUCCCAAAGCUGCAGUGUGAAAAGACUAUAAGCAGUUGAUUCCAUACACAUGAAUGGGUUUCUUUGCUGUAGGAAAUCCAAAUAGAAUAAGGAAUGGAGAUGAGUAAAAAGGUUUCUUGUAGGGAAGAAGGAUGACACCUUAUAUGCUUUUAGUUUUCUGCCCCUUCUGCCAUAUCACAUUCUUCUACUACACUGUCUGAUGUCCAUAAGGUUAGGUUGUCUCUAUAAACAUGCCUCAACUGCAUGAUGAGGGUGUUGUCUCUGUAUGAAUCUUCAUUCAGUGUAUCAAGUUCUGCAGUGUCCUCAAGCAGUUUUAGCCAGUGUGCAGGAAAGGUCUGGGUUAGUAAAUAUCUCAUAGUAAAAUACAGAAAAGUUAAGAGCCAGCCCGAGGUGGAUUGGGUAUAGACUGCAUCUCUUUCUUGCUUAUAUCAAAAGCCUCUUGGUAAGCUCCUUGGGAAUUAUCGAUCAUUUGUUUUCAAUAAACACCGUAUGCAACUUCAGCAAGAUACCUGAAGUAAUCUCCCUUCAUUUUCUGAUAGGAGACCUUACUUUUUAUAAUUAGUUGCAUAGGCUGUUAAAUAGUUAUCCAACAAUUCUAGCACCAUGGUGCAGAUGGACCUCAGUUUAGACUCCACUUUCCCCCGGUAGUCCUUAAUCAACUGCAACUUCUUGUCUGAGGUGUCAGUUUUCUGGUCACUGCUCCAGAUGACCCUCCACAUGGACCUGCAGCCCUGACCAUGUUCUCAUAGGACACUGAGAGCAGGUUGUGUUCCUUGUUGCACAGCUCAGCACCCUGCUCAGUCAUGGCCUUCAUGCAGAUGGCUAUGUCACUGUAGUGUUUGGCCUGCCCAGCCCAGCUUCACCUUCUGGAUGAUUUACAACUUCUCCAUGGGGGCCAGGAGAGGAGAGUGAGGGCAAGUACCAACGAGAUCAACAGGAGGUAUGGAGAGGGCCUUCAUAUCUUCACCGCUGGGGCACAAGUCUAUUUUUGUUUUUGUUUCCUUUGCCUCAGGGACCUGUAGAGAAAAAAAUUGCUACAGCUGAUAUCAGAGAAAUUAGUGCCUGUGCUGUCUUUUAAGAUUUUAUGUUUUCAGGUCUCCCAUUUAGAUCUUUAAUCCAUUCUUUUUUUUUUAAUGUUUUAUUUAUUUUUGAGAGAGAGAGAGAGAGAAAGCUAAGGAGGGGCACAGAGAGAGGAAGACACAGAAUCUGAAGCAGGCUUCAGGAUCUGAGCUGUCAGCACAGAGCCUGACGUGGGACUCGAACUCACGAACCGUGAGAUCGUGACCUGAGCCGAAGCCAGACACUUAACUGACUGAGCCACCCAGGAAACAGUGACGUUUAAGGAUGUGGCUGUGGACCUCACCCAGGAGGAAUGGCAGCAGCUGAAACCUGCUCAGAGGAACUUGUACCGGGAUGUGAUGCUAGAGAACUACAGCAACCUAGUCACAGUAGGUUAUCAAGUCACCAAACCAGAUGUGAUCUUCAAGUUGGAACAGGAAGAGGAGCCAUGGGUGAUAGAGGACGAAAUGCUUGGGAGGCACUGUCCAGAAGUUUGGGAAGUUGAUGAACAACAGAUCAAGAAGCAACAGGAAGCACUUGUGAGGAAAGUCACAUCCAUCUCCAAGAAAACUCUGAUUAAGGAAAAUGUCAUUGAAUGUAAAAAAGUUACAAAAAUAUUUCCUUUGAAAUCAGAUAUUAUUACUUCAAGACCAAACUUCUAUGAAUGUGACUCAUUUGAUAAAGAUUUGGAACAUAAUUUAGACUUACUUAGUUAUGAUAAGGACUGUAUAAGAGAGGAAAAUUAUGAAUAUAAUAAAUACAGGAAGCCAUUUUACCCUUGCUCACCCCAUGUUCUAACCCCCUUUAAGUGUAAUCAGUGUGGACAAGACUUCAGUCAUAGAUUUGACCUCAUCAGACAUGAGAGAAUUCAUGCUGGAGAGAAACCCUACGAGUGUAAGGAAUGUGGAAAAGCCUUCAGCAGGAAGGAAAAUCUUAUUACACAUCAAAAAAUUCAUACUGGGGAGAAACCAUAUAAAUGUAAUGAAUGUGGAAAAGCUUUCAUUCAGAUGUCAAACCUUAUUAGACACCAGAGAAUUCAUACAGGGGAGAAACCUUAUGCAUGUAAGGAUUGUUGGAAGGCCUUCAGUCAGAAAUCAAAUCUCAUUGAACACGAGAGAAUUCAUACUGGAGAAAAGCCCUAUGAAUGUAAAGAAUGCGGAAAAUCCUUCAGCCAGAAGCAAAAUCUUAUUGAACACGAGAAAAUUCAUACUGGGGAGAAACCUUAUGCAUGUAAUGAAUGUGGUAGAGCCUUUUCUCGAAUGUCAUCUGUUACUCUACACAUGAGAAGUCACACAGGGGAAAAACCCUAUAAAUGUAAUAAAUGUGGAAAAGCCUUCUCUCAAUGUUCAGUGUUUAUUAUACAUAUGAGAAGUCAUACAGGUGAGAAACCCUAUAUAUGUAGUGAAUGUGGGAAAGCAUUCUCUCAAAGUUCAUCCCUUACUGUACAUAUGAGAAAUCAUACAGCUGAGAAACCCUAUGAAUGUAACGAGUGUGGAAAAGCCUUCAGCAGGAAAGAAAAUCUCAUUACACAUCAGAAAAUUCACACUGGAGAGAAACCGUAUGAAUGUAAUGAAUGUGGGAAAGCUUUUAUUCAGAUGUCAAACCUCAUUAGACACCAGAGAAUUCAUACUGGUGAGAAACCUUAUGCAUGUGCAGUAUGUGGGAAAGCCUUUAGUCAGAAAUCAAAUCUCACUGAACAUGAGAAAAUUCAUACUGGAGAAAAACCUUAUCAUUGUAAUCAAUGUGGAAAAGCUUUCAGUCAGAGACAAAAUCUCCUCGAACAUGAAAAAAUUCACACUGGAGAGAAACCAUUUAAAUGUAAUGAAUGUGGUAAAGCCUUCUCUCGAAUCUCAUCCCUUACUCUUCAUGUGAGAAGUCAUACAGGAGAGAAACCUUAUGAAUGUAAUAAAUGUGGAAAAGCCUUCUCUCAAUGCUCAUUACUUAUUAUACAUAUGAGAAGUCAUACUGGUGAGAAACCCUUUGAAUGUAAUGAAUGUGGGAAAGCAUUCUCUCAAAGAGCAUCCCUUUCUAUACAUAAGAGAGGUCAUACAGGUGAGAAACGCCGAGUGUACUAAAUGAGGGAAGGCCUUUUCUUAAAUUCAACUCCUGCUUUACUUAACUUUUGAAAUACAUUGGUGUAAACUCAAAACAACCAAGAUCUUUAUGGAAAAGUUAUAAAACUUUAUUGGAGGGCAUAAGACUUGAAUAAAUAGAAAUACCAUGUAUAGAGAUGGAAAAACUCAAUAUCAUAAAAAUGUCAGUUCUCCAAAAUGAAUCUAUUGACCUAAUAUAGUACCAAACAUCUAACAAGAAUUUUCUAGGAUCUUUACAAAAUGAUUCUAAAAUUCAUGUGAAAUGGAAGUCCCUGGAUUGCUGAGAUGAUUUUGAAUAAGAACAGCAAGGACCCAUCUUCUACCAUAUAUUACACAAAAGUUAUGGUCAUUAAAUAGUGUGUGGUAUCAGAGCAUGAAUACAUAAGCAGAUUUUACAGAAUAGAAUGCCUAGGAAUAAGUCAAUGAAUAUAUGCAAACCUGGUGUAUAUUAUACAUAACAAUGACAUCAUGAAUCAAUAGAGAAAUGACAGCCAAUAAAAUUUGUUGGAGUAUUUGGUUCUCCAUAUUGGGGAAAAUAAAACUACAUGCAAUCUUACAAUAUAUAAAGAAAACAGAAUUCCAAAGGAUUUGAACACAGGAAUGUGAAAAGCCAAACUGAAAUUCUUGGGAGGAAAUACAGAAUGUUGUCUAUGGUUUUGAGGCAGCGAAUCAUUUUUUUAAAAGGCAAAAGGACCCUGAAGUUCCAUUUCUGUAUAUUCAUCAUAAAGAAACAAAUAUGCGUAAAUAUAUAUACACACUAAAUUAUGGAUGAGGUAAUGGAUAAAUAAAAUGUGAUAUAGUCAAAUAAUGGAAUAGUAUAUAGCAGUUAAAAGCAAUAGACUAGAUCUGUAUUUUGUAACAUGGAUAGUUAUGUAAAACAAUGUUGAGUGGAAAAAAAAUCAAAAUCCUCAAAUGAAACAUUGUGUAAUGACAUUCAUAUAAAUUGGAAUUAAAUCAUAAAGAACAGAA